GUGAAAUUGUCGUGAGUGCCAAAUUAUUCAUUGCUACUCUAGUCCUCUGUGAUUUGUCGCCAAAUCGAAGGUCGAAGGGAUCAAAAUUAAGAAUGGCGUCGGCUAUGGACACCGACGAAGAGAUUGAAAUACCAAUUGCUUCCCGGGGAAAAGGACCGAAGAAACGUUUCGAAGUGAAAAAGUGGAAUGCUGUUGCUCUAUGGGCCUGGGAUAUCGUGGUCGACAACUGUGCAAUUUGUCGAAAUCACAUCAUGGAUUUGUGCAUCGAAUGUCAGGCUAACCAAGCUUCCGCUACUAGCGAAGAAUGCACAGUCGCCUGGGGGGUGUGUAACCAUGCAUUCCAUUUCCAUUGCAUCUCUCGUUGGUUGAAGACUCGCCAGGUGUGCCCGUUGGACAAUCGUGAAUGGGAAUUUCAAAAGUAUGGCCACUAACCGGAUGCUCGCAGUCGACGCGAACAACAGAACCUUCAAGAACUACGCGACCGACCCUGGUGUAAUGAAAAAACAAUUUCUACAAAAUUAUCAAAAUCUAUUAGGACUGCUUUCACGUUUCUUCUGAAACAAAAGAAAAACAUAAUAGUAAAUCAUUAAUCAUUCUUAAGUAUCGUCUAAUAUCGUACGUGGUAUAAAGUUAACAAGUAAUUAACAUUUCAUUUGCAAGCAAGUUAUUUUAUUUCGUUGCUGGACCGCUAUUUCGUCAUGCUUCAGCUGAAGUAUUGCCACUCUCGACGAAGUUAUUUAAAUUAUCUCCUCUUCUUUAUACGUAUACGUAACGAUCGUGUUUCUAGAUUUAAAGUCGUCGUUUCGCUAUUUUGUAAUUAAUAUAGGUAUCAAAACUUGAAUAAAUUAAAAUGAUAAAUCGUAAGUAUA